AUGAGGCCACCGCUCCGCCGCCUCCCCUCCUUGCUCGUCCGCGGCCUCCGUCGCCAUCUUCCUCUCCGCCCGAAUCUUCUUCCUCGCCGGCGGCCACAGUGCCCAUCUUCCGCCCUUCCCGGAGCUUCUUUCUCGCCGGCGGCUGCCUUACCACCUCCCCCCUCGCCUGCACCUUCUUCCUCGCCAGCGGCCACCGUCGCCGUCCCCCUCCGCGCCCGUAUCGCGGCCGUGUUUGCCAAGUAUCCCUGCCGCAUCCCGAAUUCUUUCGUUUCUUGUAUUAAAUCACAGAACAAGAGAUACUCAGGGAUACGCGUAUCCCCACGCGUCCUGGCGCAUCCCCCUGUCGUGUGCGCGCCGCGCAGGGGCAUGGCGGCGCUUUCGAGUUUGGUGGGUGACUGCUCUACGUCUGGCUGCGCCCCCCAGAGCAUUGAAGAUGACCGCGACGACGACGAUCUUGAUUCCGAGAAUUGGGAUGGCAACAAUGAUGCUGCUGGGAGAGAGCCCGACUCUGAUCGUUCUGAUGAUGAGGCUACGGACAGCUUCAUUGAUUCCUUUGGACAGAGAAAGAAAGUGAGAUUCGUGGAAGAGAGCAAUAAGAAGAGGAAACGAUAUGGAGGUGAAGCACAAGGAAAUCAACCUCCUUUUGAUGGUAGCCAGGACGACCCAAUGCCCCUUCCAAAUCCAAUGGUCGGGUUUAAUCUGCCUAGUGACAGGCUAUGGUCAGUUAAGAGAAGGCUUUCAGAGCAAGCUGUUGGACCCCCCUUCUUUUAUUAUGAGAAUGUGGCCUUAGCCCCUAGAGGCGUAUGGAGAACUAUUUCAAGAACCUUGUAUGACGUCGAACCAGAAUUUGUGGAUUCUAAGUACCUUUGUGCAGCUGCCAGGAAACGAGGUUAUAUACACAAUCUACCAAUUGAUAACAGGUCACCUCUCCUUCCCCUCCCCCCAAAGAAUAUAUUUAAGGCAUUCCCUGAUUAUGAGAAGUGGUGGCCUUCCUGGGACCCAAGAAGGCAGCUAAACUGCCUGCUGACGAGUGUGGCAAGUGCAAAGCUGACAGAACGGAUCGAGUAUGCUCUUGCAAGCUCAGGCAGUCUACCAUCUCCAAGUGUUCAGAAGUAUGUCACAGAUGAAUGCAGGAAAUGGAAUCUUGUGUGGAUUGGAAAGAACAAGGUUGCACCUUUGGAGCCUCAUGAGAUGGAGUAUCUACUUGGUUUCCCAAGAGACCACACGAGGGGAGUCUGCAAGAUGGAGAGGUACAAAGCUCUUGGCAACUCAUUUCAAGUGGAUACAGUUGCUUAUCACUUGUCAGUGUUGAGGGACAUGUUUCCUGAUGGUAUAAAUGUAGGUUACCAAUGA